GUAUUGGCGUGUAUGUAUUUGAGUGUAGUGCAAACAAGUUUGCGCAUUCAGUUGCGAAUUUAAUUUAAGUCGGAGCGGUGCGCUCGCUGCCACUAACAGAAUUUGGUCGCUUUCAAUUGACUGUUUUCGAAUUACACGCGUGUACUUUUUAUUUUGCUGUUAUGCAGUUGUAUAAUAAAAUUUGAGUGGCUUUGAGUGGUAUUUGUGGCCGCAUAAAUUAUUUGCUUUGCAUAUAAAAUUGUUCGUUUAUAUUUUGUGGAAAUUGAGUGACGACCCGCUGCAAAAACAACCAAAAACACAGUUAGUUUUUUUUUUUUAGUGGUACUGUUUAGCUAAAAAUAACAAAACAAAACAGCAGCAACAUAUUUUUCCGCAAAAAGUGGAAAGUAGAGAAAAUACGUACGCGAGUUGAGCAGUGAAAUCAGCGGACCAAAUUCACAGCCCACAUACCUGGCAGCGCCGGUGAGCCGAUUUAGCACGCUUCUUUCACAAAAGCUGCUUUCAAAAACAUAUCUACUUGCAUAUGUACAUACAUUCAUAUGUUUGCAGCGAGCAAUCAAAAUUUAUGUAUAACUACAAAAAGAUGUUAAAAAAAAUUUAUAUUUUUGUUUGGUAAUUUUAAAUAUUUAUGUGUUUGAUGCAGUUUAAAAAAUAGAAAUCGUGAAAAACUGAGUUUUUAAAAAGCUACCAUACUCGCUCAUCAAAACAACAACCAUUUCAAAAUGUUGAAUCUACGAAGCCAACUUGAUAAGAUAAUCAUCACUGCCAUGGAUCGUUUCGUGUGGUUUGUUCUACUUGUGGUAAUGUCGCAUUUGGUGACCGAAUUUACACGCGUCACUGGCUAUGCGCGCGGCAACCGUCACGAUGUGGUUCUCAUAAAUGAUACGUCCAUGCGAACAAUGCCUGUGGCAAGUAUGAUUUUGUAUCCGAGCGAAGAGUACGGGCUGUAUGACCAACAACAAAUUUCACAGUACAACAACAUCUAUCCGAAUAAAUACAACGGCCAAAGCAACCACAAUAACUACAAUAACUACAACGGCAAUCCGAAUAUGCAGCCAAACUCUCCAAAUGCCGAGUCAGCUGCCACCGGUUUCCCAUUCAGUUUUCGUCCCAUUAUAGACAGCAUCUUCGAGAUUCCAAUAUCAACGCUGCGCGCUGUCAACAAUCUGGUGGCGCGCUUAACUGGCAACUAUCAACACCAGGUGCCUUCAAUGACUCCUGGCGUACUGAAAUCCACCAACGACAAUGAGCAUCCGGACGCGCUGCAGGCCUUCCGUUCCUUACCAGCAGGCGUUGAGGGCGGCGUGACAUCCGUGCAGGCAUCGCCACCAGCGACCGCUCGGAAUUCGGUAGCCGCAGCGACGGAAAAUGAUGAGAAGCACAGUUAUAAUAACAAUAAAGGCAGCAAUCCUGUAGUCAGAAUGCGUAGGUCUCUACUGCGUAAGAUGAACGCGUAAAUCGGUGCACUGCUAACUGCCGGCCGACCGGCCGGCUGGCCAAGCAGAAUGAUAGAAAAUAAGAAGGGCAGGGAGCAGCAGGCAGCAAAAGUUGAAGGCACGUCGAUUUCACGCCUUGCGCGCGCGCACACAUACACAAACACAGAGCGCGUCUUCAAGCAUUCUUUGACCCAACUAGUUGUGUAGUUCAUUUGCACUUCACUUCCUUCCACCCACCGAUUCAUUUUCAUUCAUGCAUUUUAUUAUACGCUCAUUUGUUUGGUUAUAACUACGAGUGCUGUACACGCGAGUUUGGCUGUGUGGGGGUGUGUGUGUGUGUUUAGCAAAGGGUUUUCUUUGUGGUUUAGUUGUUCUUUAUGUUCGUCACGAUUCAAUGUGCGCACAUUUGCAUAAACUUGUUCUAAAGUUGGCGAUUUAACUUUUUUCGCACGUAUUUGUUGUUGUUCUUUUGAGUCUUGAGAAACUAAGCCGCGGGAAUCGCCUUUCACUGUCGGCUGACACAAAGUUUAUUUUGUGUUGUAUUGCCCGCGAACGGUUUAAUUUUUUUUAAUUUCCUUCACAAAUUAAACACUCACUCGCCUUCAUUUCACUUUUGCUGUCUAUUCAGUCAGUUCUCUGCACAGCUUUUUCUCAUUACUUUUAAUUUAUUGUAUUUCGUCAUUUAAGUUAAUUGUUAAGCGCACAGUGACAUCUUCGUCUUUCUGCAGAUUUGAAUGUUUAUUUUAACGACUAAUUUUUAGGCUAAUUUUCUCUUUGUCAUUUUCUGUUCAUUUUGUUGAUGUGAUAUUACUUUAGCGACUCCGUUAGUAGAAUUUAAGUUUAAAUGUGUUAAUGCUAGACUUAAGGAAUAGUUUUUGUAAGACAAUAAGUUUGUAAAUAAAUCAUAUACAUAAAUAUAUGGAAAUA